AUAAUCAUAAUUAUAUAGUUGGGGUAUAGAAUUUUCCUUGAAAUAUUCAACCAACCAUAUCAUAGAGAGAGAGAUAUGGCUGAAUUGCAAAAGUCAGUAACAUCAUCCAGGAGACAAGGGUCGUCAGGAUUGGUUUGGGAUGACAAAUUCCUUGCUAGCUUAAGGGAUCAAAAUCAAGGUGAAGAAGAGAGAACCGUUGGAUCAAGUGCCACGCUGGAGAGAAGUAGAUCAGCUGGAGCAAGACCAUAUCGGACGGUUAACGUUGCACCAUCAUCAAGGGACCCACCUUCUCCUAAGGUAGCAACCUGUGGUUUUUGUGGUUUGUUUGGAAAACCAGUUCCUGCUUCAACCCAUAAAUCAAAUAAUCCAAAGUCAAGAAAAAAAAGAGCGUUAUGAAGUUUGACAUAGAGAAGUUUGAUGGAAGAAUCAACUUUGGCUUGUGGAAAGUACAAGUCAAGGAUGUGCUUAUACAAUCAGGAUUACACAAGACGUUGAAAGGAAACACUUCCAACAUGGAGGACGACAAGUGGGAGGAACUAGAUUUGAGAGCUGCAAGUGCAAUUCGUCUGUGUUUGGCAAAGAAUGUUCUUGCGAAUGUGCAGAAUCUGUCAUCAGCCAAGCAACUCUGGGAGAAGCUUGAAGGGUUAUAUCAGGCUAAGGGCAUCUCAAAUCAGUUGUUGUUGAAAGAGCAAUUCCACAAUCUGCGCAUGGAUGAAGGUACGAAAAUCUCUGAUCAUCUUAGUACUUUGAAUAAUAUUGUCUCUGAGUUGGAAUCUAUCAAAGUUGAGAUUGAUGAUGAAG